AUGUUCUUCAGCAAGUCCCAAGUUGCGGCCCUUCUGCUGUCGACCUCGUCGGUCACGGCCAAGGCCAUCCUCGACAGCCGCCAGGCCGGAGUCGAGGACCUGGGCUGGGGCCCCGUCUGCGGCCUGCAGGCAACCAACUCGGAGAUCGUCAGCACGACGAGCACGAUGUACCCGGGCAAGAUGCCCCAGGGCCAGAAGGGCUACCUGUUCGCGUGGAUCGGCAUCCAGGGCGCGUCGGCCUCGGGGGAGCUGGAGGGGGACCUGGUCCAGAGCAUCGUCGGCUCGUACCCGGCGGGGUCGAGCGAGUGCUCCGGGCCGGACGCCGACACGACGUGGUGCGUGUCGUCCGAGGUCUACGGCAAGGACGACUCGGGCGCGACGGUCCAGUUCGUCGGCGACAAGAGGACGGCCGACGUCAACUACGACAACGGCAUCGUCAUCAACUACACCCUCGCCGACAAGUCCACCUACCUGUGGGAGCAGACCAUGACCGACGCCGUCACGGGCGACGUCCUGGCCAGCUACUCCAAGAGGUCCGGCCCCAUGAGGAUGUGGAACACGGCCAUCGAGAAGCAGGACGCCAACGGCGCCGACCCCACCGGCACCAACGAGCCCCAGUACUACGUCAACACGACCAUUACCCUUGCUGAGGCCGACAGCUCCUACUCUCAGGGCAUCUAUGGCGACAACGGUGCCACCUACACUGAUAUGACCACCUCCGAUGGUGGCAAGACUUGGUUCAUCGAGAAGAUUACUGUCCCCGCCAUGAACUAG